AUGCACCAAAAUCAAGUUCCAUCGAGUGAUCAAUCACAAUCAGACGAGCCGGACGACGAGAAUACAUGGUCUCUUGUUCAACUCGCUGCUGCGAAUGGUGAUCUGUGUCAGGUACAGCGACUUCUAGCCACCACGGACCCCAAUGAGGCUCCGAGAGGAUAUUAUGGGAAAACUGCUCUUCAGGCUGCCUCCUCUCAUGGCCACAUGGCUGUGGUUGAGGCGCUGAUUGUGGCAGGGGCAGACGUCAACGCACCUGGAGGAAACAACGGAGGCAAAACAGCCAUGGUCCUAGCCGCAGCAGCCGGCCAUAUAGAUAUCGUCCGCCGCCUCGUCUCUGCAGGUGCAGAUAUUAAUCGCCUACCCCAUAAGUAUACCGGUCGAACUGCCCUACAGGCUGCUGCGGAGGGGGGUCAUAUCGAGCUACUACGAUGGCUACUCAAGGAAGGCGCAGACGUUAAUGCGCCUCCGGCUAAGAAUCACGGCCGCACCGCCCUUCAAGCUGCUGCUGCGGCAGGUCAUAGCGAUAUCGUGGAGAUUCUACUUGAACACCAAGCCGAUAUUAAUGCGCCUGCUGUCCGGUAUAAGGGGUUGACGGCCCUUCAAGGCGCCGCUUACGGAGGUCAUUAUCGCGUCGUCCAGCGCCUAUUAGCAACAGGAGCUGAUGUGAAUGCGCAAGGCGCAUACUACAACGGGUAUACGGCGCUCUCAGCAGCUGCGGAAGGUGGCCACUAUGAGGUUGUACGGAUGUUGCUCGACGCCGGCGCAGAUGCCUCCGCUCCAUCGGGAAAUAAGAAACGGACGGCAGCACAGAUUGCGACUUCCAGAGGACAAGGGGAAAUCGCGCAACUUCUUUGA